UUCCUCUAGUUUCCGGAACACAGAACUCAUGAUGAAUACUCCACCAAAGGAUAUUGAGGACUGCUGUUGUCUGACAGCCUUAACUUGCUUUCGGGAGACUCUGCUUGAACAUUUUGGCAUAAGUGGAAAAUAUCAGAAAAAACUUUACAAGAGUCUUAAUCAUACCCUUACUAUCAGUGGACUGAACUUUUGUAACACAGAAACUUCUACGACCAACUGCUCAACCUGCCACUCACAUCCUAAGGAAAAUGCAUCAGAGUUUUUCAACAGACUGGAGUCUCUGGUUCAAAGGGGUCUAAGCAGAAUGAGAUGAACUGAAGAUCCAUUAGCAACUUUAGAGAA